AUGGCCAGGUUGGAUGUCACGGAGAGCUUUCAUGGUAUUUCGUUUCCUGGACACCUGCACACUCAGGAGUCUUUGGAGUCUGCUGUCAAGUUUCUGUUCAAGGACACAGACGUCCUCAUUGUGUCUUAUCCAAAGUCAGGCACUACAUGGAUGCAGGAAAUUGUGAGUCUUAUAUCCAGCAGAGGAGACCCCCAGUUAUCCAGAAGUGUCCCAAACUGGACCCGAGCUCCCUGGUUGGAGCAGUACUACUGUUCUGCCGUGCUGGAGGCCUCAUCCGCCCCACAUCGAGUCAUCACCACACACCUGCCGUAUCACCUGCUGGGCCCUGCCCUCCAGGGCUCUAAAGCCAAGGUCCUCUACGUGAGCAGGAACCCUAAAGACGUGGUCGUGUCCUUUUAUUACUUCCACAAAAUGGCCAACUUUCUCCCUGAAGCUGCUUCAUUUCCAGAGUUUUUAGAUCAGUUUCUGCAGGGCACACUGCACUUUGGCUCCUGGUUUGACCACAUUAGAGGCUGGACCAGUCAGACAGCAGCGGCCCACCGUCUGCUGCACGUCACCUAUGAGCAGAUGUCGCUGGACCUACAGGGCACCAUUAAGAGGGUGAGCUCUUUCCUGCAGCGCCCCCUGGUGGACGACGAAGUCAACAACUGUGUGAAGCACUGCAGCUUCAGCAGCAUGAGAGACAACCAGAUGGUCAACUACAGCCUCGUCCCUGAACAGAUAAUGGAUCACAGCAAGGGCUCCUUCAUGAGGAAAGGUGAGAUCGGGGACUGGAGAAACUUGUUCACAGAAGAGCAGAACCAACAUUUCGUGAGCGUCUUCACCUCUAAGAUGCAGGACUGCACUUUGGAGUUUGUGUGGGAGAAGCAGGUCAAAGAGGAGACGAACACUGAAGUCUGA